GUAAUACACAAUGCAGAGUGCGUGCAUCGACGCCGGCUGCCUAGCGAACACGCCCAGCCUCGACGUGUGCGCGCGUGUGCGUUCUCGCACGACCUCCCGAAACAGCAUCUACCAUGCUCCGUUUGCAUGCCCGCCGUCUCCGUCUACGAGCGAUCGCGCCCCGCCGUCCCACACUACUGCACGUCUGCGGACGCGAGCCGCCUCCGAGGCCGCGCACGACGCCGUCCUACCCCGUGUCGCUGUCGUCGCGCGCACAAUGCUGGACCACAGACAGAAUGCGCCUCUGGGGCCGUCGUGUGGUGCAGCAUCCGCCCCGAGCGCGGCGUGCCGGUGCUGUCGAGGAGGACGGCGGGAGUGCGCGCACGGACGCGCCCUCCGCCGCGGGCGCGAGCGCGACGUGAUGCACGCGCCGGCGGAGCGCGCGUGCGGGGACACGGCGGCGAGCCAGGAGCCGAACAUGGCGCGCCGGCGACGUGCGUGGGAGGUGUCUGGGCGCGCAACCCUUAUGAGCUGGGGCUGGGGGUGGACGGGCGAGGGCGUGUCUCCGAGUGCGCGCAUGCUCCCCACCCUGCCUCCUCUGGCCCGUCCUCCAGCCUGGCGAAGGCGACCGAGCCCGUGUCCGUGUCCGCUGUCUUGCCCCGUACGUCGUCCACCUGUGUCGUCUUGUGCUCACUUCUCUGCCCGCGCAGUCUCUGCGCUCUGCCGCCGUCCUGCGCACACGCGGUCGUCUCGAAGACACGUGGGUACGCGCCGCUCGCUUUCAGGGCCGCUCGACGUUGCUUGUACGUCCGCGGCGCCGUCGCCGUGUGCGCACGCAGAGGUGCCUGCCCUCUCCGUAGACGACACCAUGGGGAGGGAAAGGGUUGCCCAUGCGGGGGGCGUCGUCUAGCCGUACAUACUGCUGCUGUAUGAUUUGUACAUUGAGGACGGAGGGCGGCGGCGUAGUGUGAGACAAAGGCGGCGGAAGCGCGCAGCAGAGGGCUGCGAGCAUCUGCGCCUGCCACGGCCACCUCGCUGCAUGGUGUCGCCAACGUCGCGGGACGUGUAUCCCGCGUGCGGCGUCCUCGGCCGCAGCAUGGCAUUGGACGGGCGGGCGCGGUCGACGUGGAAGGCGACCUUGCCCGCGCCCGUGUCCAUCCGCCUUUCUUGCUGGUACGUCGUUCACGUGUGCCGCUAUGUGCUCACUGCUUUGCCCGCGCAGCCGUCGCACCCGGCGCCGUCGCGCGAACACGGGGCCCUCCUGAGGAAAUGGGCCGCCGAAGGGACGUGAGCACGCACGCAGAGGGGGGGAAUACUUACCACUGCAGCGUGGCUUGACGUCGUGCGGGCGUUCACGGCGUCGCG